AUGCCUGCCUCGGAUGUGAGCCGACCUUGUAAGAGAUGCAAGGCCGAAGAUGCCCCCUUUUGUCUACGGACAGAUCCGACAUGUCGCGAUUGCUAUAUUCAGUUCGUCACAUACAAACUGAACAGGCGCCUCGGUGCUCUCCAUAAAGACACUCGUUCAUCCAAGGCGCUCACUACUCGGAGGCAUUUGGCUGGCUUGUCUUUUGGACCUUCAUCAAGUGUCCUUGCUCAGAUACUCAGCGAGCAGGCUCGUCAUCAUUCUGAAAACAAGGCAUCUUCCCCAUAUGAACCUGUUAUUGUUCACAUUGAUACGGAUUUGUCAAAGGUUGAAGGAGAAUCUCCUGCCCAAAAGCUAAUCAGCGAGUAUCGUCGUGCUUUUCCUCACGCCACCUUCGAAUGUGUCCCUCUCAAAGAGGUCCUGUCUGUAAAGAGUAUCGACUGGUCAACUCUGCCCCUCGAUGCUGGUACCCCUGAUGAGGAUCUGUCUGCUCGCCUUCAACGACUAUUCGACGCACUGCCUACACUCACCUCAUGUAGCGACGUCCUUCGUCUGCUUAUUCGUCAUCUUCUUCUCCAGAAAGCUCAAGACCAUGCAUGCACAGCGCUCCUCUUGGGCCACAGCACUACAGCGCUCGCCGCGUUGACACUAUCAGAGGUUGCUAACGGACGAGGAUUCGCUGUUCCGAUCCAAGUUGCCGAUGGCAUGACUACUGUAUGCACAUAUGAGGCAGUUGAGGGCGGUGCCGCACAAGAGACUAGCCGACUUGAGUUCCCGGUCUACUACCCCCUGCGUGAAAUCUUUCGCAACGAGAUGAAACAGUAUAUCGAUCUCGUGCCCUCGCUAAAGGAAGUUGUUCCUGCCGAUCCAGCAGGUACGAAAGCUGGAAGCAGUGUUGUUUCACACAAGGAUUUGAGUAUCGAGGAGGUUAUGGCAAGGUACUUUGAAAGUGUCGAGGAGGGAUACUCUGGUAUCGUUGCCAACGUUGUGCGUACGGCUGGAAAGUUGGAGCGAGCUCCUGCUGAGACCUUCUGUGGGAGCUGUGGUAUGUCACUUGAUGCCGAGGGCGAUUCGCGAUGGGCGGGUGAGAUAGGCGACGAUCCUGGAGACGGACCGGGUGCAGCCGCUGCAGGCCGACUAUGUUAUGGCUGCAAAAGGUCGAUCCAUGGGUAG